ACCGAGAGACUGCAGCGCACCACCUUUCCAAACGUUAUGCGUCAUCCGUAGUCUCGUCUAUUGUUCAUACAAAACUUUAAUAAAACUACCAAAAUUUUCUCAUUCGAGCUUUUUGGAUUUUACCAUUACAUUUCCCCCAAUCUUCAAUUCACAAUUGUCAUUUUGUCAUUAGCACUAAUACCAAAAUAAGUCUCCAAUAUGGGUGAAGGAUCCGUGCUCUUCACUUUAGCACCUUAUCAAGUCCUGUCUUACGGCACACUCCUAGGAACACAGGUUUUCCACACUUUCUUCAACUCCAUAGCCUCUUUCAAAGUCCUCGAGCGACCUCAAUUCGCCAUCCUUCAGCGAGCCGUCUUCCCCAUAUACUUCGGCAUUCAGACUGCGAGCCCCGUCGUUCUGGCUUUGACAUACCCGGGUAAUAAGAGUGGCUUCGGCGUGCCGUCCAGUCUUGUCGGCGUAUUUCACGAAUCGAACCGCUGGGGCGUGUUGGUGCCACUUGGGUCCAUAUUUGCGACGGGUCUUUUAAACCUGGCAUACCUACUCCCCGAGACGAACAAGAUCACUGCCUUGAGGCGAGAGCAAGAGGUAAAGGAUGGCAAAGCUAGCUACGAUGCCAAACCGCAUUCCAAGGAGAUGGCCGAAUUGAAUAAGCAAUUCGGCAAGAUCCACGGCAUCUCCUCGCUAGCGAACCUUAUCACCCUACUCGCGACCGUUAUCUAUGGCAUCAAUCUAUCCUCUAGACUCGAAUGAGGCGAGAUUCCAUUGGUGUCCGCAGUCAAUAAAUCAUUUGUACACGAAAGAAAGGUGGAAUGUCAAAUAUUGGAUGUCGACAACGAAACAACGCAAAUUGGACCCAAAUUGUCAAUUAAUUACAACGCUAUCUACCUACUCAAUCUAUUCAACCACGCUUGAACACUUCCAUAGAACAAGUAUGUGAGCUUCCAGACUUGGCCAGAACCCAUCCCCUGGUCUAUUCUACUAGCGUUUUUUCUUCCAAUC